GGCCGGCUCCCUGAGCGGGUCGGGAGUGCGCAGGCGCGAGGCGACCAUUUUGGAAGGCGGCGGAGGUGGUGACGGGCCGAGCGAGCGUAGUCUAACCCAGAAGCACCAUGUCUCGAAGAUAUGAUUCUCGAACGACCAUCUUUUCUCCUGAAGGUCGUCUGUAUCAAGUUGAAUAUGCAAUGGAAGCCAUAGGACAUGCUGGGACCUGCUUGGGAAUCCUUGCCAACAAUGGAGUACUAUUAGCAGCAGAAAGACGGAACAUCCACAAGCUUUUGGAUGAAGUCUUUUUUUCAGAGAAAAUAUAUAAACUCAACGAAGAUAUGGCCUGCAGCGUGGCUGGCAUAACUUCGGACGCCAACGUGCUCACCAACGAACUGCGGUUGAUUGCACAAAGAUAUCUGUUGCAGUAUCAGGAGCCAAUUCCUUGCGAGCAGCUAGUAACAGCCCUGUGUGAUAUCAAACAAGCCUAUACGCAGUUCGGAGGAAAACGUCCUUUUGGUGUUUCGCUGCUUUACAUUGGCUGGGAUAAACAUUAUGGUUUCCAGUUGUACCAGAGCGAUCCAAGUGGGAAUUACGGCGGUUGGAAAGCUACCUGCAUUGGAAACAACAGUGCCGCAGCUGUGUCAAUGCUCAAACAAGAUUACAAAGAGGGAGAAAUGACUUUGCAAUCCGCACUUGCUUUAGCUAUCAAAGUCCUGAACAAAACUAUGGAUGUUAGUAAACUCUCAGCAGAGAAAGUUGAAAUUGCAACCCUGACGCGAGAGAAUGGAAAGACGAUAAUAAGAGUUUUGAAGCAAAAAGAAGUGGAAGUAUUGAUAAAGAAACACGAAGAAGAAGAAGCCAAAGCAGAGCGUGAAAAGAAAGAAAAAGAGCAGAAAGAAAAAGAUAAAUGAAUCAAGUACCUUGAAGAAGGAGCUGUUUCCAUAAACUGGCCCAAUUUUUGAAGGGCUGUUUAUUGAAUCCGUUCCUUUAUAUCACUGAAAACACAUCACCUCUUUCCUCAGUGAACAGAAAUCUCUUUGCCAUUGUAUCUUUCUUUUAUAUUACAUAAUAAAGUGAACAGUGUUGUCACAGUA